AUGUCCACCCCAAACAUCACAGUCUACUUCCUCGGCGCCUCCCGCGCAAUUCGCAUCCCAUGGCUCCUCGAAGAACUCAACGUCCCGUACACCCUCGUCUCCUCCCCUCGUUCAAAAGCGGGAGUCGCACCGCAAGAGUUCAAGGAUAAGAUCCCUGCUCCGCUGAAGAAGAGCCCUACACUUACAGACGGUGAUGAUGUGACGGUGCAGGAGAGUGGUGCAAUUGUGCAGUAUUUGCUCGACACGUAUGAUAAGGACCACAAGCUCCUUCCCAGUGCGGUUGCGGAGAGAUGUAAAGUGUAUGAGUGGGUGCAUGCUGCGGAGGGGACGUUUAUGUUACAUGCGCUGGCAAUUUUGUAUGCGAGGUGGAAGAUCCCUGAGGGCGCGAAGGAAUAUUUACCUGAGAUGGAGAAGAAUAUGUCGGCGAACGUGCAGAAUGAUUUGAAGUGGAUCGAGAGUGCGCUGAAGGAGCAGAAGGAACGAGGAAACGAGUUUUUGGUAGGUAAGACGUUGACUGCGGCGGAUAUCAUGAUGGGGUUCAGUAUUGAGUUUAUAUUUACGCGGAAGCUGGGCACACAGGGUGGGAACUGGCCUGAGACAGAGGCGUGGUUGGCGAGGAUGCUGGAGAGGAGCGCAUAUAAGAAAGCUGUAGAGAAGAGUGGCUAUACGCUGGAUAGUAAAGGCGAAUUUAGAACGUGA